AAAGCCGGCGGCGCAGCCCCUGCCCUUGCCUCCCCCGCGCCUCACCCGGCCGCGUCCAGUCAGCGCGCUUGACCGGGCGAGGGAAGGAGAAGCCCCUUCGGGCGCCGCCGUCAUGUCGCAGCCGGGGAAAGGCAAAAAGCACCCCGCCAAGGGGGACAGAGCGCAUGGUGAUAAAAGUGCAAGUGGAGCAGCUGGGGAUCAAAAAGGAGCAGAAGCAGCCAAGAAGAAGCCUGCCAAGACAGGUGUUGCUGAAUCUCCUAAAACACAGUCAAGUGGGACAUCUUCCAUCAGUAAGGUACAGCCUUCAUCCGCUGUUGGCUCAAAACCGACUCCCACCAUGAAACCUUCUGAAACAAAGGCUUCUUCAAGCCAACAAAAGACGAGUGGAUCGGAAUCCCACAAAAAGAAAAGAAACAAGAAGCAGGCAAUACAGAAGUCAAAGACAGAAUCUGAAAAAGCAGCACAGUUAGCCAAGACACAGCUGGAUGCUUCUACAACUAAACAUCCAUCUGAAGAGAAGCAAAAAGACUCUAGAGGGGCAAAAAGCCCAAGCAAGCCUCCUACUGUAACAGAACCUGAAAAAACAGUGCCUGGAAAAGCAGCCUCUAUUCAGACUGAUGGGUCACCAGCACAGCUGAUAACAAAAGAGGAGCCAAAGGCAAAAUCUGACCACAAGCCAUUGCCUAGCGAAGGGGCGGUUGCAGCUGUGGCUGGUGCAGCUGGAGCAGUUGCAGCUGCUGGGUUGACUGCUGCAGCUGCAGAGUCUAAAGAAGAUAGAUCAAUAGCCACAACUCCUGCUGCAGCGGGCAGUAAACCACCGGAUGAAAAGUCUAAAGAAGAUAAAUCAAUAGCCACAACUCCUGCUGCAGCAGGCAGUAAACCACCGGAUGAAAAGUCUGACUUAGAUACUGCCUUAGAUGAUUUAAUAGAUACACUUGAAAGUCCUAAAGAAAAUGAGCCACCUGCUCCUGCAUAUACUGGACCAGAAAUUUCGGAGGACCCAUUGUCUUCCAUUUACAUCGAAGAGCUGGGCAAACGAGAGAGCACAAUUCCUCCAAAGUACAGAAAACUAUUGGAGAGUAAAGAAGCUGACAAGGUAGUUCCCCCACCAGGAGCAGUGGGAGAAUCUCAGCCAACAAUGACAGAUGAUGACCUAGCGGAUGCUCUGUCAUCUGAUUUUACUUGCAGUGCCGUACUACCUGCUGGAGAGAAGAGUGUUGAGCCAAAAGAGAAGAAACCUGCAGAAGAAGGUGAUCUUCUGCAAGCUGAGUCCUUGACUUUGGUCCAUACUUCGGCUCCUCCUAAAGAGAAGAAACCUAAACUGGAAGAGGCAGCAAUCAGUGACAGUGCCUUGGAUGCUCUUGUGGAUACGCUUGGCAUGCCAGAACCGGAGCCUGAAGAAGACCUGAGCUCCAUUGUAGAAGUGGAAGAGCCAAAGGCCAAAGAAAGAAAAGAGAAGAAGCCUGGUGAACAAGAUGAUACCAUUCCUCCAGAGUACCGAUUAAAACCAGUCUUGGAUAAAGAUGGGAAGCCCUUGCUGCCAGAGCCUGAAGAAAAGCCGAAGCCUAUUAGUGAAUUUGACCUAGCUGAUGAAUUCUCAAAAGACUUUGCCAGCUCUCCUCCAGAAAUAUCAGAACCAUCUAAACCUGCGGAUGUGCCGACGAAGCCUGUAGCUGUUGAGCCUUCAGAAGCUUCCAAAGAAAAAGUAACUGCCUCUCCUGCAGUUCCUUCUGUGCAAUCUUCAUUACCUUCAGCGGUUUCUACUAAGCCUUCAGUGGCUCAGCCCGAAAAGAUUCCUACAGAACAUGUGGUCUCUGCUGCUGCUGCUCCUGUUAUACAAUCCUCAGCUCCCACAGCAACCCCUCCAAGUGCACAGGUAACUGAUGAAGCACUGGAAGCUUUAUCUGGAAGUCUAGGAACAAGACAGCUUGAUCCUGAGGAAAAAAAGCCUGCUGUGGAUAAAAUGAAGGAAAAGGCGAAACAAGAAACACGUGAAAAACUGGGAGAAGAUGAAGAAACGAUCCCGCCUGAGUACAGAUUAAUCGAAGCAAAGGAUAAAGAUGGGAAGCCGCUUUUGCCCGUACCUGAAGAAAAGCCAAAGCCCUUGAGUGAAAGUGAACUUCUUGAUGCUUUGUCAGAAGGAUUUUCUUCACCAGCACCGACCUCAGAGGUUCCCACUUCUGCUGAACUUCAAAAAUCUCCAGGUACUCGCAAGCCUGCUGUCACCCCCACUGAAGAAACCAUCUCUUCCGUCUCAGCUUCUGCAGUACAUUCGUCUGCUCCUCAACCAGCAGCUACCCCAGAUCAGAAAGAGCGUGACGAUGCUGCAGAUCUUCUUGCAGAUUCACUGGGACAAAGAAAACCUGAUCCAGAUGAAAACAAACCGGCUGUCGAUAAAAUAAAGGAGAAAGCUAAAUCUGAACAUAGAGACAAACUUGGAGAGAGAGAUGAUACCAUCCCACCUGAUUAUAGGCAUCUCCUAGACUCUGAUGAGAAGGGUAAGCCAGUAAAGACAAAGAGCAAAGAUGGUGAGAAACCUAAAGAACAAAAGAAGCCAGCUGACGACUCAGCAGCUAUUGAUGCUCUUUCCGGAGACUUUGAUAAUAUUGCAAAACUUCCUCCCUCACAACAGCCUUCAACAAAGGAUGAAAAAUCAAAAGAUGCUGCUACAUCUAAAUCGGGUAGAAAGGAUGAAAAGAAAUCUAAGUCUUCCAAAAAGGCAAAGGAGCAGUCUUCUAGUGCAAAAUCUGAGAAACAAAAGAAAAGUUAAAUGUUACCAGUGCAAAGAGUCUUCAUGUUGCUGAUGGGUUGCUGCACUUGAACAAAAGCUAUUUUGCCGAAGCAAGAUAGUCUCCUGGGUGGUUUUUGUAUUGUGGUAUUUGGAUAUUUUGGCACGCUAUGCAUAUAUUUUGCUAUUUUCAAGUAAGAACUAACUUUUUUUCUAGCCUUAUUUUGCUGUCUUUAUUUUGUAUUAUUCUUCAUUUCUGAGAGGGAAACAAUGCUUUAUAUUUGUAAGACAUAUAUUUCCUAUGGAUUUAAUAGCAAUGAAAGUCUGCAAAGUUUUGCACAUUACACUUAGUGCCUGUAAAUCUCAGCAGAGUUCACUGAAUCUAUCCUAUGUAGGGGGUGAUGGGCAAUUUUUGGCCCUCUCUCAGCCGUUGUACUGCUAUUCUGAUCGGCCCCAGCCAAUCAGGAAGGUUGAUGGAGGUUAUCCAACAACAUACAAAAGUCCAUACAUUGCCCUACCCAUUUUUAAACAUUCUGGAAUACACUGAAUUUGGGCUAUCAUCUGCCUGUGUAGGCUGUUUUCCUGUGGGUAUUUCUUUGAGAGAACGAUUGUUGGUGAGGGAGCACCCAGCUUUCAAACUGGGAGAAGCAAUCAUUUUCAUCCUGGAGUUCUAACACUAUAGUAUCAAACACAGACAGUGCCAUUAGUAUUUCCAUUCAAAAUCUUUACUCUUUCUGUCAUCACUGUUUUUACAUAUAUGCUGCAUCUGCUAGCAAAUUCCAGGGACAAUAUAAUAUUGCAUUAUAAUUAUAGCAAAGGAUGGUGGUGCUUUGGAAGGGAUGCAGUUUUGUGGUCUCUGCUUCACUCCCUUUGAUGGACAGAACUGUACCCAGGGAGUCCAGUGACGGAAUGUUUAACUUGCACAUGUUGCACUGGUGUAGCCCCCAGCCCAAGAGCAGAAGACACAAAGCAGCUUCUUCCACAUAGGUAUGUAGGCAGCAUAGCAAAAUAUGAAUGGGAUUUGUGAGUUAAUACGAUAAUGCUUGCACAAAUCUUGGGUGUUUCACUGUUCCCUGCAUUGAGUUGAAAGGGGGAUAUGGCUCCAACAGCAAAUUCUCAUAUGCUUUACAAUCUGAGUAGCAACUUUUUAUUGACUUGUGGAGUAAAACACAAGUUUUACUCCACAAGUCAAUACUUCUUAUUGACUUGUGUGGUAAAAUGGCCAAGCCAGCUUUGCAAGGCACUUUAGUUUGAGACACAGGGCUACAGUCCACUUGGAACACAAUCUGUAUGAAUCACAUUGAACCGCAUGAUGAAACCAUCUCUUUUUGCCACAGUUCUUGUUUCCUUCAAAAGGUGAAAGGGCAGGAGGUGUUCACUAUGCAUUGUAGCUUUAAUCUUGAUGAUGAUGAGAAUUUGGAUUGUCCUUGACAAUUUGUAAUGUUAAUACUGAACUGCAUUUGACAAUCUGUAUUGAGAUUCUGUGUCACAGUAAUAAAGUUUUUUGGAAAUAAUUA